AUGAAAUUCUUCUCAGCUCUCACCUUUGCGGCAAGCAGCCUGGUGCUCGGCACUGUUGCGGUGCCAGCCCCCGAACCAGCUUCAGUUGGAGGAACUGUGUCCCCGUACAGCAUCACCUGUGCAGGGUUUAACACAGGCAGUCCAUUAUCGAUUGGCGAUAUCAAUUGGGCUCUUUCGAAUAGAAGAGAUGAGCUAGAUCUCAAGGCCGGAUGGUGGAAUAAACAAGAACUCACUUGCGUCAGUAACGAUGGACGUAAGAUUCAGCAAUAUGCAGUCAAGUUCACCUACAACCAUGCGCGCAGCAAUCCUCAGGCUAUGACACAACUGGCGAAGGAUCGUAGAGCGCUGGGGCCACCGGUUCCGAGCAAGCGCAAGCAUGUUGAGAAGCAGGUCCAGACAGACAAGAGAAGUCGCGUCGAAAGACCAACGACGAUACCAGCCGCCCGACCAUCAGGAACAGUCAACACCUGUGAAUCAAAGGGUCAUGUAACUCUUGAGCAAGCUGCUGGCGCCCAGUCAUUACAAACAUAUGAGAUUGAUGAAAUGCAUACUCGUAAGACGCUCUAUCAAGGUUCAGACCACCUUCGAAGCGCUGGCCACGUCUUCAUCACACCCAUUGUCUUCAGUACCCUGCCCUCGGACCGAAUUUAUCGUCUCAUGUGCUCUUUGACGAGCCGUGCUACAGUCACAGAAUCCUACGACGUGACAAAGUCAUUGAACUCGAAUACCAGCCCUAUCUGUCGCGCAGCCCACGCAAAGCGAAAACUUGGUCUGAGCGGUUGGCUGUGGUUGAAAAGCUGGCUAGUAAUAAGAGACUUUCCGAACACCUUACGCGGUAUUAUCGACUGUACCUUGAUCUGGAAAGAGAUGCUAAGAAGAUAG